GAGCUCUGCCUUUCCCAGAUGAUCGUUGCAACACUCUCUCUCACAGUACGACGUUCUCCGGGUUCUGUUCUCUUCACUUUGCGUCAGUUCGUGGAAGUGUCUCCAGGUUUUUCGGAAAGCAUCCUUUCCGUCAUUCCUUAUGGCACGCCAGUAUUCCAUCUCCUACUUACAGCAGAACUUGUAGCCGGGGCUCUUAAUUACAAGCCCCGCCUAACUUGCUGCUCCUUGAAGGCCAGUUUCGUUUGUUUCCCUUUUAGCCCCGCGAAGCCUUCUCCCCCGCGCCACGGCCAGCGUAGCCAGUAGCUGUGCGGAGCGGGCGGGGCCCACGCGAGCUUUCCGAGGCUACGCCAAGGCUAGGCACCGGAGAGCUCCGUCCACUUGGGCUCCUGGGGAGCCUAGAGCUGAGCGUCCGCUUCUGGGGCUUUGCGGGAGGUUUUUUUUUUUGGGGGGGGGGGAUCCCCGCUGCUCAGCCCGCGCAGCUGCUCGGUUGAGCUCAGCCAGUCCGGAGUCUGUGCUCCCGGCUGGGCUGGGGGGUUCGCGGAGCCGGCGCCCGCCAGUCUGCCAGCGACUUCCAUUCCGGAUCUCAGGGUGCAGGGGCCGGGGUCGGGGGCUGAGCGGCCGGCGGCCCCAGCGCCGCCCCUCAGAUGGCGAUGGCGAGGCUCCGGGAUUACUGGCCGCUGCUGACCGCGCGGCUGACCGGCGCUCUCCGAGCUCUGCUCUUUUGGUCCCUGGUGUAUGGCUACUGCGGGCUCUGCGCCUCCAUUCACCUGCUGAAACUUUUGUGGAGCAUCGGGAGAGGGCCGGGCCAGACCUUCCAGCGGCUCGUGCGGGAGAAUCCCCCCGCCUGUCUGAACGACCCCUCCUUGGGAACCCACUGCUACGUGCGGAUUAAGGACUCGGGGCUAAGGUUUCACUACGUGGCUGCGGGAGAAAGGGGCAAGCCACUUAUGCUGCUGCUACACGGCUUUCCGGAGUUCUGGUAUUCUUGGCGUCACCAAUUACGGGAAUUUAAAAGUGAAUAUCGAGUCGUAGCUUUGGAUUUGAGAGGCUAUGGAGAAACAGAUGCUCCUUCUCAUCAAGAGAGUUAUAAGUUGGAUUGCAUUGUUGUGGACAUAAAAGACAUUUUAGACUCUUUAGGUUACAGUAAGUGUGUUCUGGUUGGCCAUGACUGGGGAGGGAUGAUUGCCUGGCUCAUUGCCAUCUGUUAUCCAGAGCUGGUGACCAAGCUGGUGGUGAUUAAUUUUCCUCACCCGAACGUGUUCACGGAAUACAUCCUCUGGCACCCUUCCCAGGUGAUCAAAUCUGGUUACUACUUCUUCUUUCAAAUGCCCUGGUUCCCUGAAUUCAUGUUCACCAUAAACGACUUCAAGGCUCUGAAACACUUAUUUACUAGCCAGAGUACUGGCAUUGGAAAGAAAGGGUGCCGAUUAACUGCAGAAGACCUGGAAGCUUAUAUUUAUGUAUUUUCUCAACCUGGAGCGCUGACAGGUCCAAUUAACCAUUACCGGAAUAUCUUCAGCUGCCUGCCACUCAAGUAUCAUCAGGUGACCACUCCAACAUUACUCUUAUGGGGAGAAAGAGAUGCAUUUAUGGAUGUGGAGAUGGCCGAAGUCACAAGGAUUUAUGUGAAGAGUCAUUUUAGGCUCACAAUUUUGUCUGAAGCCAGCCACUGGCUUCAGCAAGAUCAACCCGACAUCGUGAAUAAAUUAAUAUGGACAUUCCUCAAAGAAGAAAUGAGGAAAAAUGAGUAAUUUUAAGGACAAGUGAUGUUAAGGACAAGAAAGCCCUUAGCAGCCAAAAAAUGAUGCGAAGGGGGACGUCUUCUUCAGCAUUCUGUUUAGGCUUUGUUAAGCAGAACACUGUUUUCAUUGUACUGUAUCGUGACUAUGCUGAUACAUAGUUGUUUCACUGUGUUGAAAAAAAAAGUGAUGUUAAUGUGGGAUUUUUUUUUUCCUGUUCUUCUGUUUUGCACAUAAAAUAACUGCCUUAAAAUAUAUCGACGGAUAUAAAAAAAGAAAUUGUGGGAAAUGGAUUUUUUUAAAACUUUCUUCAUUAUGUUAACAUGUGGUGCCUUUUACAAGUUUAAAAUGAGAAGAUGCAAGUGUGCCAUAUGAAAAGACAGUUACGUGAUGAUAUCAGUUUUCAUUUUAUUGAUGGAAAGUUUUGUUUUGUUUUGACUCUUUUUUUAACCAUUAAAAAGUCUGUUAUCAAA